AUGUCGGGGAAGCGGGAGCUGGACCAGGUCGACAGCGGCGUCGGUGCCGGCGGCGGCGCCAAUGAGCAACCGCACCACCACCAGCCGGUGGAUGGCGCGGCCGGCUUCCCGUGGACAGAUGUGGAGUUCGUGAGGCUGCGCACCACCAUGCGCGAGAAGAUUGUUGACUUCACCGAUCGCAGUCAGUCUCCAACCGAAGGGAUUGGAGGAGAUUGGUGGGGAAUUUCCAGCGAAUUGAAGACUAAGGGCGUCCCAGUGAUACGAUCGAUUUCACUAGCUUAG